UGGAGUUAGGAAGUAUUUGAUAGCUUUCUCAGCUUGAAGACAUCUCCGUCAACGAAAGCAACCAUAUGAGCUAAUGUAAACCGCACGUACACUGCGGAGGCAACUGGCUGUCCCCCAUAAGUGAAUGAACAGAUGAAGCAUAAGAACAAAUGAAAGAAACAGUUACUAACAUAUUAUUCUCAUUUAAUGUGAAGUUGAAUAUGCCAUGGAUCACUUUUUAACCCCCAGUCCUUUCCAUCUGAUUAGGCUUUGGCCAUUUGUCCGAUGGCAACAACUUCAGCUGCUAGACACACUAAAACUAUAACUUUCUCCACCUUCUGAUCAUUGCUAAUCUAUCUGAAUAUCCAUUCAGAUUAUCCAUGACUUUUGGCUUUCAAUCUUUCUAAUCAAACCUGUUCUGGUCCACUCUAUUUUUAAUCUUGCAGGCACUCCCUAUUUAUGCAGAAGGUUAAUUGGGGAUCAACUGGUCACUUUGAUUGACUGCUCUCACCAUUCUCUGUAUCCAAGCAAAAACCUGUAUCAGUUUGCUUAUUUCUUGCAGAGAAAGACACAAACAGUGCUCUGAGGCAAAGUUAAUGGUCCCUCAAAGGAAAUGCGACUAACUUUUUGUAAAAGUAAAUAGUAAGAUCAGUAAUGUAUCUUGCUCAAAACAGGUCACGCAGGUAGGAAUUAAGAAAUAGUGAGCUGAAAAGAGCCUGGAAUUUCUCUCCUUCGCGCUCUGCAAAGCUGCAAGGUGAGAUGUUUGUUGCUCUCCGCUCAGCACAGGAGUGCGCCCAACUGCAGCGCGCCUCGCCCCUCCCAUUCCUCCGCUUUAAACUCUCCUCUGUGCUCACCAAUAAAGCGCUUUUUGUCCAGGGAGUCGGUACUUGAACGCAUUCCUUGACGUGGAGGCAGGGGUACCCCUCCAAGGAUUUCAUGAAGACCGUUCCUUGUAAGUUUCAUACGUUCACAGAAAGGUCUCUUUUUGCGAGAACGCACGCAGGGAAACUACCAGGUUUGGAGUUAUAUCGGUGAAGUGCUCUUCUUGGAUAAAGACACAAGCGCUGCGCUUCCAGCUUCACUUUUCCGAAGUUACGGGUAAGAGUUGACUUACUUAUUCUUACUUAUAUUUUAAAUGGUAGAGUGAAUAUUGUUUUGUUUUUUGUGUGUGUAUGUGUGUGUGUGUGUGUGUGUUUUAGCUCUAAAACACUUUCGGCAUGAUCGAGUCCAGCGUAAAGACGCGUGAACAGGGAUAUAUUGACAAACGGGGUUAAGUAAAUGAUCAUUUUAAAAACAUCUGAAUCGACUGACUGUCAGAAUAAAAUGAAUGUAUAACAGAAAAAAAAAACACUCCAGCUGUUUGUCGGCUUUAUUUCCUCUUUUAAGCACAAGCUGACAGUGGUACCGAGUUUUUUCUCUCCUGUGACAACUUUCUUAACAAAAACUCGCUCAAAUAAUUCAACAGACUCGUGUCUGCUUUGCAAAAACGCGUUUUGCUUGUAAUGUACAGUGCGUUAAACACGAACCUGUUUCUCCUGUAAAUGCACAGCAACUAAGUGGAAAUCUGAAUUUAAUUUUUUUUAAAUGGGUUAUUUGCAUAGAUGCGCUGCUGAGUCAUUGGAUUCAACAGGUUUAUUGGAGAUGUGGGCUCCAUUAAUUCUCCAGACAACAAAACGCGAGUUCCUUUAUAUUUGGAAAGCGCGUAAAUAAACCAAACAAACCCAGAAAACAGAAAACGCGAGCGUGUGCGCGGUGCAAAAAGAGCCGCCGGGACGGUAAUGAGGCGGGCUGGUGUUGGACCGCAGGACGCCGUGCAGCAUGCAAGAGCCGUGCCGAAUGUCUACACCGCACCGAGCGGUGUCCACCGCAGAGGACAGCUGUUUUUGGAACCACACAAGGGGACGUCCCACAACACCAAGUUCAGCAGGACAAGAGCGCUGAAACGGCUCCAAUACGCACACCACUCGAAGUUGCAAAUUCAGUACAUUUGGUUAUUUUAGCAUUUGGACGGUCAUUGCUUUCAAUGUGAAGCACAAACUGUCGAGGAAGUAAGGGCUAUGUUUCAUAGGAGCAGCAUUAUGAAGCAUGCGCUGAUUAAACCUCAGAUUUUGAGUAAUUCCGUAGAUUAAAACACAACCAUGUUUCAUUUGUAUAACGCCAAAAGCCAGCUGCCAGUAAAAAGCUUACUGAAGCCCCGUUGCAAUAGGCUACUAAUAAUUGGGCUGUCCAUCAAAUGCUGCUACUGUUAUUAAAAGGGAUUACAUAACUUCAUUAUUAUUUUUAACAUUCUGCGCAAUUUGACUUUUAGCUGAAGGCAUUUCGGUGCAGAGACAUAAAAAAUGAAACAGUUGCUCAGAUGUGCGGAAAGGUAGAAAUCUACUGCAAGUGUGCAGCAGAGCAGUGAGCCAUGGGGUCACAUUCCUGAAAGAUUAAAUCUCACAGUGAUCAAGCCCACCAAUAAACCAGCAUCCAAUCAAGUGACAGGAUCAACAGGUUUAGACCAAUCUCAGUGUGUCUGUGUCUGAAAAUAUGAUCUCACCUUUCCAAAUAAUGUGCCAAAUUAAACAUACUAACAUCAAUCUCACCAGCGUUCUUUCAUCUCUGUUUUAUUAUAUGAAUAGUUCCAAAUACUCACCUGAUCAAAAAAAAAAUCGAAUCUAAUAAAUCACAGUAUAUCUCAUCACUUGAAUCCUAAAUUCAGUCCUCAGAUGAGCAUCAUUUAUAAGGCCCACACAAACAGAUGCUGCAAAUCACCCGAUCCAUCCCAAGGCCAAAUAAGCAGCACAAACUGCCCCAAAAGCCUCUCUAUUACCACCAAGUGUUUCCUCACAGACUAUAAUUACACUACAGGAGAAGCUAAUGUGUUUCUGACAGUAUAAAAUAGUUGUAAUCUGUUUAUAUUAGGCCAACAGAAAUUGCAGAGCAGCCACAGGAGACCAAUUAUCCUCCACUAAUGUGGAGAACUUUGAGGAUAAUGUGUGGAAGAGAUGGCAAGACAACAGCGCAACAGACUGUUUGUGGGCACAGCUUGGAAUACUACAGAAUGCAGAAGUGUGCUUGAAUUUUUUAAUAUGUUAAGUAAGACUAAAAACAUGUAGAGACUUGAAGCUUCGUGUUUCAGUGACUGUUAGGCCUAGAAAGUAACUUGUUGACACAACCGUCUCAGUGAUGAAAGAAGGGUGAUUACAGGAAGAGAUAAACAAGGAAGCUGCAUGUCUUCUGUGAUGUAAAAAUUGAAGUCAAAGACUUGCAGUUGUGCACGAGAUACAUAAUAACCUCAGACUGAUUAUCCGUGCUCCACUUUCCGGUAUAUUUAUUCCCCUUAAGUGUCUGACUGUGGAUGGGGAAGCAUGACUAAGGCGACCCCUUUGUUCUAGAAUCUAAUUUAUACAAUUAAGCACAGGCCUGCUGUCACACCACUGUGACAGUGAUGUUGAAACCACAGGACCCAUCAAGAUCUGGUUACCAACGUUGUGUCAGCCUGUACCUUUAUCUGUUAUUUUUAUUACUUCUGGGUUAUUUUUUUUCUUUUACAAAAUCAAGGCCAGUGUUUCAUUAUCUGUGCAAAAGAGCUCGAGAGGGAAAGAGCACUGAUGUCUAAAUCUGCUGCAGAUGAUGACUGACAGUUGGUGAUCUUUAAGUUUUUUGUUUUGAGACGAGACAAAAAGAUGAGCUGGACAUCUUACAGUAGCAUCUGCUGCCUAUAAAUCUACUGAUUAUUAUAAUGAAUAAUUCUUUUCUUUCUCCAAACUGUUUAAGAGGGGAAGGAUUUAUCUUUUUUUUAUGCCAAUUAGCAGCAGUGGCUGAAUCACCCUUCCCUCUGUAUCAGAGGGAUUAGAGGGUUAAAAGUCAGGUACGUGAGGCGAGGAGGCCUAGGGAAGGGAAGAGUGGAGAGAUAUGGGGGGUAGAGGUACAAAAGGAGGAUAAGAGCGGGGCAGUUACGCAGCGGGGAGGGAAAGGAGAGUCGACAGGACAGAAAGUUGGAGUAAGUGUGCAAAUAUGUGUGCGUGUGUUUAUUUUUCUGGAGAACACGUGAAGCUGGAGUCUCAUCGCAAUUAGCAAGGAGUCUGUGUGAGCGAUUCAAGGAGUGCAAAUCCUCCUUCCGGGUGCCCCUUUUCAGGUGCUUCUCAGCAGGGGGUGGGGGGAUUCUGCUCUCUGGUUGACAACUAAGAGCCGGAGCUCCUCCGUUAUAAGAGGCGUCUUAAAUAAAACCCCUGGCUUCAAAGGCCUCAGCCUCAAACAUCAAUGCUGAACCAGCGGUAUGUGGAGGGCAAACCCCAGCCCAUACGCCUGCCAAGCUAAAUUGAAGAAGAGCUUGCCGAUGCAUCCAAAUGAUGCGUUCAGAAGAACCACUUCAAAACCUUGCAUAAAUAGACACACACAUGCAAAGGGAUCUGCGGGCUUUGGAGUGCCCCGGAUUGAGUGCAAACCCCAAAUAACUGCUGUCCUCCGUGUCCAUAUGUCCACAGAGACACGCAGGCCCACUAAAGUCAUAUUUCACAGCUUUUCCCUAUCUCUUGUUUGAAAUGAACCGCUCAUGUGAUUAACUGCGCUAUUUUUUUAACCUUCUCACUUGAGUGGAAAAUCUGCAAAGAGGCAAAAAAUAAAAUCCCCCAAAUUCCAGUGGAGUAGAGAGGGAGAGGAGCAGAGCGAGAGAGAGAGAGGCAGAUGGAGAGUAACAGAGAGAGAGAGAGGAUGAGAAGGAGGAUGCUCGUCCCAAGUCACCACAAAUUGCUGCAUUUCAGUGAACCUAUAAAAAAAGGAGAAACGGCUCUUAAUCUAAGGUUGUAAUUACUUCUGGCCAGCACUGUAAUUAGGAAAUGAGCCCUAAACCAGAUUUUACUGGGCAAGAGCAAAAGCAAGGGCAAAUGCACACGCGCACACAAGCACAGGGCUAAAUUAUUUGCCGCCAAAUGAAAAUUUAGGGUAUUAAUAACAAACUUUGACACAAAGCAUUAAGUUUAAUGUCAGUUGUUAAUGUUUCACUAAGAAGUGCAUGUACCUUUGGGUUAGUGUUCGUCUGCUCACAGCUGGGUCACCAAGUGUGUGAGACCAUAGAAAGUGGUCACUCACACUUUCAUGUAAGUGUGUGUCGCUUACAAGGUGACACGUACGCACACAGUUGCUCUCUUUCAUCGCACCAGACAGUGCUUUAGUCCGCCGGGUCCCCUUUUCCUUAAGGUCUAUUUACACGGCUACCAGCAGACACAGAUAGUGUUGUUAUCUGGCGCUGUCCACCCUGAUAAAGAGCCAGAAGCCUGAGCCUUACUCAGAAACAUCUGAGCAUGCAUGCACAUAUGCCUGAAGACGAUCGUGCAUCAGCCUGCAUGAACCGAAAGGCAGUUGUGACAGUGACAAAUCUGUAUCAAUGACAAGUCGCAACUUGUCACUGGUACAGAUUUACCCAAGAAGAAGCUUCCAAGAGUGUCACAUUAAAUGCCAGCCAUCCAAGUAAAAGGAUGAUUACUCCACAACAAAACGGUUCCAGUGUUAUUGUCAAGCUGCUCAGCUCCCUCCUGUCGUACGAGAGUUUAAACCAGAUGGGAAGGAGAAGAGAGGGAGGGAGAAAGAAAGAGAGAGAAGGAGAAACAGAGGCGACGAGGGUGAGGUGAUAUUUAUGUUGAACAGAUGAACACAGAGGAAGGAAGAAAAUUACAGUGGAGAGAAAAGCUAAAACGUAUCAGUGCUCCCAAAAAAGGAAAGAGGGAGUCAGAGAGAGAUUGAAUAUCAAAGUAAGCCAAUAAUAGCGAAAAGAGAGAAAAUAAGAGGUACAAAGCAGGUUAAAAGAUACUACAAAUGUUUUGGUAGCAUGCAGUCUGCACUAAUUAAAGACCGAAUGUCUUUGAGACAAUAGUGGAAGAGAUUGUUUAAGCUAUUAAGGGAAACCAAGACCAGGACACUGUUGUUAGCAGUUUAGUCUUUUGCAGUCAUGUAAGACGUUUAGCGGUAAAAGACAAUUUGUAUCUAUUUUAGGGUGUCUAGUUCCACUUUGAAAGCAAAAACAUUUACAGUUCAGCUGAAGGACUGUCUGAGAGCGAGAUACAGUGACCUCGGGUAACAGAUCCGUGGGUUGUGUCAGCAGAAAGGAGUCCCCGUAGUUAACUUAGCAGCCACUCAUGCAAGAAGCGCUCGCUCAGCCACUGCUGGAUUUACCUGUGCGAAUGUAUGCAAAUCACAGGAAAAAACACCCACUGACCGCACACGUACGUUCACAAAAAAGCUUCUGUGCAGCAGUCCCACAGACAAAUAAACACAUGGAUGCAGAGCGCAGCACGGGCCUCAACACAGGUCAGCGUGCCAAAGCCAGCCCUGCAGUGCAACAGGUUAUUUUCAGAUAUAAACACUACACCCUUGACAUGAAGGAAGCAUGUGGCUGCUCAGAGAUAUGCUACACGCAAAGUGAAGUCAGGUUUCAGGAGUCACACAAGCCAGGUAUAACACGUGGUUUUGUAGUCACUCUGUUUUUCGCAUCCACAGACUGUGACUCAGAGCUUAGAUAUAUGAAAAAUGGCUGCUUAGCGGGAACUUUCUGGAAGAGUCAGGCCGGUUUAUGCUCCGCGGACAGAUAUACAAUGCUGUACAGUACACAGAGAAAGAAUAGGCAUGCUGUGUUUCUUAGGUAAUUAUCUCAGAAACCAUUUUAGAACAGCAUUAUAUCAAUGAAAAAGAAAAAAAAACAACAGUUUGCCAAUAGAAAAGAAUGUUGAAAGUGCUUUUGGCUAAAUGCCUCUCACAAAUAAAACAUCCAUCAGGCACUCUUUAGGUUUUUCCCCAAACCAACUAAUGUUUAUGAUCCUGUAAUCACAUUCAGAAAUAACAUCUGAUACCAGAUAAUAGUCACAGAAAGCAGCACGAACAUGAACGCACGCACAAAUUGUGCUGUGGUUAUGGCUAAAGCAAUGUUCACCAUUAAGAAAGAAAUGAAGAAAGCGCGGUCAGCUUUUGCCAGCUGAUAUCAUAAAAUGAAAAGCUGUUCUUGGCUUACAGUGGAAAGCCUAAUUUUGCUCUGAAAUAGAAAUAAAAACCAUUUGAUUGAAUGACAACAUACUGCACAAUUCUGCGUACAGUACACAACUGCAGUUUAUGGCAGAUGGACCGAUACUACAGUCCAUCUGUAGUAGGAGAUGAUGGAGAAAGAGUGGUCGGCCCGCAUUCUUCCUCUGGCACUCCAUCAUUUUCGUGUUGUUGCCACACGGCUCUGCCAUUGCUCGGCGUGCUCCCACACUCGGGUGGAAUUUACCCAAUUAACAGGAAAAAAACUUCCUGUUUCACUUAUGUGCUUUUGACAAGACAUGAAAGGGGGCUGGAUUCCAAAUAAGUAGAAAAGAGGCACUCAGAAAAAUAUUGCAACACCUCUCUGGCUUGUUUUUACAGCUCUUGUGUUCCUUACAGGGAAAGAAGACCUGAAGAAGAAUAGUGGAAGCAUCUUCAUGGGGCUGAGCAUGGAGAGAGUCAGCACCAUGAAGAUCUUUCACAUUCCUGUGAUCCCCUUUGUGUUUCUCCUCAUCCUUCCUGAUGGCAUCUUUUCUAGCGAAUGCCCAGUAGGUUGCAGCUGUUCUUCAGGAUCCAUUUUUUGUUUCCAAAGACGUUCCUCUACCAUGCCAAAGGGAGUGGACCCAGUCACAAAAAGCCUCUACCUGUUUUCCAAUGGGAUUGAAGGCUUGACAGCUGAGGACUUUAAUGGACUACAGAACCUGGACAUGCUGGAUCUCAGUCAAAAUAAACUAACCCAUCUUCCCAAUCGGGUGUUUGAACCUCUGAUUUCUUUGCGAAACCUGGACUUGUCAUCCAACCAGAUCACUCACAUUUCAGAGGAAUGCUUCCACGGUAUGAAACUGCUUGAGCGUCUUUAUUUAUAUAGUAAUCACAUCAAGACUAUCCACCCUGCAGCCUUUAAUGGCUUGGAGCACCUAAUUGAACUCAAACUGCAGGGGAACCAGUUGACAUCCCUUCCAACCCUAUCAAUGUCUCAUCUGCUGUUGCUGGACCUUCGCUUUAAUACUUUACCCACUUUGGGUCCUUCAGACCUUCAGACCCCAAACCUCGAGUCACUCAAAUUGGGAGGUGUGGGGCUUACCAGUCUGAAUGAGGAGCUCAUAACUGGUCUGAAGAAUCUCCAUGAAUUGGACAUCUCAGAAAACAAACUCGAGUCUUUUCCCUCAGUGCUUAAAGAGACCCCAGGGCUGAUUCACCUUAGCCUGGCUGGAAACCCAAUGGGUCCUGUUAAGGUUCAGGACCUGCAAAACCUUGGGGAGCUGCAGGAGUUGGACAUAAGCAGCCUCAGUCUGCAGGGCCUCCCUGAAGAGUUCUCCCAGCUAUUCCCCCACCUCAGAAAGCUCACACUUGCACAAAAUCCCUUCAACUGCCUCUGCAACUUAGCAUGGUUCCCGAGAUGGCUCAGAACCCAGAGCAUCACCCUUGAGAAAACAGAGGAGACCCGCUGCCAUUUCCCACCUAUCAAUGCUGGAAAGGUAUUAGAAAGACUGGAUCAUAGAGAUUUUGGCUGUCCUACCACAACCACUGUCACCACUAGUACUGUAAAAACAACUACCACCCAGCCUGCUCUAGUCACUACCUUCCCAACAACUACUAAGGUAAUUCCCGCUCCUCGGGCCAGUGACAACCCCACUGAAAAAGAAGGUGAUUCUCCGGACCCCCCUGUUCCUGCGUCCCCCAGUAGCAGCAUAAACCCAGACGAGGAGAAUUUCUGUCCCUCUCACAACUGUCUGAAUGGGGGUACUUGUCAUUUGGACCAACGUGGUCAGGUAAAGUGCACCUGUCCACCUGGUACCUCUGGCAUGUACUGUGAAAUCCAAAACCAUCACCCACCUUCACCACCUGAUGCAGAACCCCACAUACCAACUGUCACUGCAGACACACUCGACAUCAGCUUGCGUGAGAUAACCGGAACUUCUGUCCUCCUGGACUUUCAUCGCUACACUGAAAAGCAGCCUAACAUCCAUGGAAUCCGUUUAACCUACCGCAAUCUCUCUGGACCAGAUCGCAGACAAAUUCAAUUCAAUCUCCCUCCAACCUUGCUGGAGUACACACUUAACGGCCUGAAUCCUAACUCCACCUACAUGGUGUGUGCCAGUCCAUUAAGGUCCCCCAAUGGCAUAGACAGCGUCUGCACUGAGGUCCAUACAGCCCCUCGAAUCCUUAGAGGCACUAUUCCACUGGUUGAGGAUCCAAAGCUAACCAAAAUGCUGGCCCCUGCAAUUGUGAUCCUGCUACUUCUUAUACUGAUAGCAGUAGCAGUGGGAGUGGUAUGCUAUCUUCGCAGGAAGAGGACCAAGGGCAACCUAGACCUUGACUGUGAUCCCUCCCAGCUAGAGUUGGAUGGAGUUAAAGCUGGCUUAGACAAUGGGCCCCUGCCUCAAAAGCAGUUGCAACUUAUGAUCCCAGAACCUGCUGUUCAGAGUGGAAAUCAGGAAUAUGAGGUUUUACUACUACAGGAUCACUGUAUGUCAAAUAACAACAUAUCUUUACAUAAGCCUUCCUGCUUUUGACAACUGCCUUUUUCACUACUCUAAUCCCAAUGAGGAUUUUUAAAUGUUCAACUUUGCCCUCCUAAGUAAAAAAAAGAAAAAGAAAAAAGGAGCAGCUACUGCCGUUGUGAAAGUGGACAACAAAGUGUCAGCUGACCAACCAGGAAACAGGAAGAUGGACAUAUAUUGAACUUCCUGGUUAUUUCGUUGUCUAAGCAGACGUUAAACAAGUUCAGAAUUUGCUUUUGGACUUCAAAAAGCAUAAAAUGUGCUUUUCACUCCAUUUAAAGGCUGCAUAUUUGCUUGAAUGCAGUCAGGCCCCAUGGUGUGAUAUGAUGCUGGAACUCGUGUUUUUUUUGUCAUUGACUGAAAACAGGGUUAAGAGACAGAAUCACCUCAUGCUCUCCUUUAUCUGUCCAUAAAGGGGUGUGGACUAAAAUGGGGUUGUGCUGCCUUUCCCGAUCACACCAGCCCAACUAAAACAGUCAGCAAUUUUUUUUUGCUGAGUGUAACUCAUCAGUACUACCCCACAACGGGAUCAGUGCUUGCUUGCUGUGAAUGACCUUUAAGACACUAAAUGAAGUUGUGCAAAGAAAAAACUGAUGCCUUUAUUGUUUUAUCUGGCUCUAAGACUUUGUUAUGUAUGUUUGUCAUGCUUUUUUUUUUUUUAUAUCUGUGACUAUUAUUUUUUAAAAAUUGUGCAACAUUGUGACUGUUAACAGCCCUCAGCACCCUCCUCCCCACCUCUUGUGACUAACAGACAAAACAGCAGAUUAAAAUCUUUGAAGAUUAAAACUCAUUGGUACCAGUAAAGUCAAUCAAAGAGCUUUGCCCCCAGAAUAUCAGACAGUCUAAGUAGAUGUGAGUCUGGACAGAGUCGAGACUAAAUCCCCCUUCUCCAUACUGGAGCCCUCAGCCUGCUUUGCCACCACAAAGAGAGGAGGUAAGCAGGAUUAGAAAAAGUACAGAGGGGAGCAGUUGACAUAUCCCCCUCUGUUUCACAGGUAAUUACAGUAAAACACUUGACAAUACGCAGCAAAACUUCGGAUACCUUAUUUAUGGUUUAUAGUCACCGUUUUAUCCCUCAACCAAAAUACACUUAAAACAUACUAACCGGCCUGGCUGACAAAAAGUAAAGCAAACAGUGGAUGUGUAUUGUGUUUCCCUUGAUUAAAAAAUAGCCUGCAUGUAACGCUAUGCACAAUUUCUCUUUGGCAAGCAGGAUCCCGGUUUUGCUCAUUCGUACUAAACGAGACUAUGAACAGGCACAAGCCAGAAUGCAGCUAACAGAGUGUUUAUAUUGUUGUGAGACUAGCAGAGAUCCACUGCAUGACUGCUAUUAUUACAGACAGGUCAGUAAGCUCCAAAGCAAAUUAAUGAGAGGUGCAUGAGGGGGUGCAGGUGCGUGUAUGUGUGGAUGCGUAUGUGUGUGUGUGUGUGUAUGUGUGUGUGCAGAUCUGUCAUCAUCAGCGAUAAUGCAAGCACAUGUUCUGUCUUGCACAAACACCUGUAUCAGUUAACCCCUUUAUGUGCCCACAUGCCUGCGGAGGUACUUAAGCAACUCCACUUAAAGGCAAACACACCAAAGACACCUCUGUGAAUGUCUGUAAAGUUACCUAAAGUAUUUCCAGUGUACAGCUAACAACUCUAUGCUAACGUAAGCGUCUGGAGAACCCACGAUCAUGUGAUAAAACUGGAAUAUUUUUUUCUGUAAAAUAGAAAAUAUUGAAGAUCACCACAAGUAUUUUCGAUGUGAUUGUUAAUUUUUCCCUGUUUACUUUGGGAAACCCUUUGCUAUUAUGUGUUGUUUAUUUUUUACUCUGUGAACAUCUUUGUACAAGUGGAAAAAGUGAUAUCAUUAAAUGAAUAUCCAAAAAUACAAAUCAUCCUUUUUGUAUUUCUUUCUAUACAUUUUUGCUGGUGUUUUAUUAUUCUUAAUGGUCUAUAGCUGCCUUAACAUUUACAAUCAGUCUAUGCCACCUUAUUGGCAAACAACACUUAGCGUGUGCCUGCCAACUUUUUGUUGCCAUUGUCAUUCACCAAUCGUAUUCCUAGCUAUAUGGCCACUAGUAUUAUUAAAUUAAAAGAAGCUCUGCUUGUUUUAUGAUCACACUUUUGCUUCAGUCUGAACACAAGUAGAGUGGCUACAGCAAUACAAACACCACAAAGUGCCACUCCUGUCAUCUAAGUCUCUGCUGUAAUAUUCAGAGUGAGGAUUUUGCAUAAGCACGUCAAAAUGUAAUUGGAUCAGCACUUCAGGUGCAGCUUGGUGUGGAGAAUUUUUAAUCACACUUUGAGCAUCAGUAAUCCAAGUAUUAUUGUUAUUAGCUUUUUGAUUAUUAAGUAGUACCAUCACCAUCCCUUUAUGAACACCAUUUUCAUCUUCUACUUCCAGCAGGAUAAAGAACCAUGUCACAAAGCUCAUAUUAUGUCAGAAUGGUCUUGAACAUGACAGUACGUUCACUAUAAUUAAACCCAUAGGGCACCAUUGGGAAUAGGUAGAACAGGAAAGCUAUUCUAUAAUGUAAACACAGAGCAAUAUAGAUGGCAACAUAGUGAAUCUAUGAUUUAAAAAGGAUUUAAUGCAGUUCUAAAGACAAAAGGCAGUAAAACCUAGUAUUAAGACGUACCUAAUAAAAUGGCUGGUGAUCACAGACAUAUUAUGUAGGUUCAGCCUCAGUCACAUAGACCUAGAGACCUAUCAGAGACCCCCUAUAACAACCUCUGGUCACAACCUGUUGGUGAGUGGUUGCGGGCUGUUGCUAGGUGAAAUGGUCACAUAGAGGAGAUCAUUCGUCCUCAAAGUAAAGGUUGCGCUCAGAGUGGGGCACAACCUUACUGGUUUGUAUUUCACAUUUUCAAGUUUCAGUACAGCUUGGUGUGUGUUUGCGAGUCAAGUCGGUGAAUACUGUACAUUCCUAGUACAGCGUUCUGGCAAUGAACAAGGCGACUGCAACGAGCUUUUUUGUGCAGCACCCUCUUUGUUACCAAUUUCACCAGACAUCAACUACUUCAAACUGAACUGGAAAAAUGUGUUUUUCAUCAUUCAGUUUUGGCAAUAUCUUUGACAUCUUUCACUCUAGUCUACAUGUCAAAGCGUCGUUGAACAAGAUACUGAACUCUGAGUCCAUUUACCAUUUAGAGAAAAACUGACUUCAAGGUCAGACGUUUGAAGAAGCUCUCUCUGUUAUGUCUUUGGUAGAGCAUUUGUUUCAGGUUAAAAACUAGAUUGGGUAAUAAGGUGAAUCCUGUUUUUUUUAACUUAGUACUGGCAGAUAUCUCAAACCAGGGUAUCUGUAUCGGAUAGUAAGUGGAAAAACAUUGACCGUGCAACCCCUUCUACAAACUAUUGAAUUCUGUCUGCUGAAUCCAGCCAUAAUCCACUACCCAAAACAAACGUUUAUAACUGUUUAAUGUCGUCUUUCAGUGCACGAGAGGUCUUGUAAUUCUUCCUUGCCAGCAGUGUGCUGAAGGCAAAAUGGAAAUAAAGAUUAUGAUUGAAAACAGGCAGAGGAAGGUAAUAAAUGGAUUUAACCAUUAUGACUGACUCACUAAAUAAGUAAGCGUUGUUUGCUAACCCGUACAAUAAACAGAACUGCCCACCCAUGUGUUUUAUAGGUAGGAUGUUGGUAUGGGGAUUGAUGCAGGAUGCAAGCACACACCCCCACACCCACAAACAAAAGCAAACUGGCCCAUAGCUGUGAGCGGUUGGUCCCACGCUAACAACACAAACACAUAAAACAGCACCACUCCUGUCAUGCAGGCACUAUUAUAUCAAUUUGCUCAGAUGGCACAAACUUCCUGGUGAAAAAAAACAGAGGAAAUAAUGCAGGAACCUAGAGGUUAGUGGGUUUUAACUGUUUUUUGUCCUUUUAAAGCAGUUUUAGCCACCAUGUUUUUUUGAGGUUCUCAAUAUUUAUCCAAACUGCUAUAGACACACUUUUUUUUAAGGUGUAAAGGGACUUACCGUCUUUUGUACAAAUAAUUAUUACUGUAUAUGUGCAAGCUGCAGUGACUCAAGGUUUGAGAAUUGGAUAUGUAAGUAAAUAGGAAGAGGUGGAACAAAGGAAGUUUCUGUGUGUGGGUUCUCUCCUUUCCUACUGUAGAACAGUUCCUCUUUUUUCCCCCUGGCUUUAAAGGAAAUCUGGUUCCUGGACAAGAGCCAGUUUUGACACUCACUCAGCCCACCCUGCUCAGUGGUCCCUACUGUAGUUUUGUAAUUUCAAGAGACUCUU